UAUGUCAGAUCGUAGAGAAAUGAUAAGUUUAGUCGUAAAACUAUAGAGAGAGAGAGAGAGAGUGAAUAUUCGUAUAUCUUUCGAUGCCCUCACCCAGUCCUAGUGUGGGCCUAUUUAUUAUCUUAAGAAAAUGGUUACCUCUUGAAACCUGGUCCGUCCCUAGAGAAACGGUCUUUCCCCACUUCUACAGGGAUGAGCGUCAUCUUUUAGGUUCGUUCCUGGAUGAGCGCCCUCCCCUUAGCGUAUCACUUAGAGGGUUGAUAUUCUUGCUCCGCUAUGCUAGGGAAGAUUGCUAUUUUCGUGGGUUAGUUGGGAAACUUAACGUUCUUCUUCCUCCAUGCGUCAACCCUAACAUUACACUUUAAGAUCAAGCUUUAUUGUGGGUUGGACAUUCGAAUAUGGGUAUGACCCAAAAGACAUGGAUUGGGUGUGGCCCAUGUGAGCCAUUGGGCUUAUGGAUUCCUUAUUUCUGACUUAUAAGUGGGCUUUGUAAGUACUUCGAUCGUUGGGCCUUUUCGUUGGGCUUAGAGCAAUUUUUGGCCACUACAAUUUGUCCCUUGCUCUUUAAGUUGAGUUAUACUCAAGUUAAAGAGCAUUACUCGUAGGUGUGCAUGAUUGACUCAGAGUGCCUGUAGCGUGAUUUUAGAUUGAAAAUGAUUUGGGCGGCAUAAGUUGAAGUAGUUAGACUGAAUAUAUCUAUAAGUAAUUUUGUCUUGAUGAGGGCUUAUUGCAUCAGUGAUUUUCAAGACAAGUAUCUUGUAUAUCUUUGAUUUGUUGGCGCCUCAUCUUAUUCAGUGUAAAAUUCUAAUAUGUAUACUUCAUUAGGAUGAGCGCCACUUUGAGAGACUAAAAAACUUUUGUAAGUGUUACACUACAUGUAUACAUAAUAUUAGAUGAUAAUUGAAUAUCUCUUCUAGCUUUUAUCCUUUGUGUAGUUUGAGCUUCUAGUACUAGUGUUACCUUAAAAUGAGAACAACUUUUCUAUGGAUUCGACUUGAGAUGAGUGACAAUUGAUUGUCAUAAUAAGGAAUAGAUAAAAUUAUUAAUGUUAUUUUAGUACAUUUGACAUUUGAUUUGACUACACCAUUUGAUUCUUUACAAUCUCCUUCCUUUACCUUCACGUGGGCUUUUGACAUGUAUUGUAUAUAAUAAAUAUGUUUUACUUCUUUAAGAAGUUUAGGGUCUUGUCCCUUGUAGGAUGAGCUAUUAGCAAAAUAAGCUAUCCAAGUGUGUGUAUAUAGGCGUGAGUGUCUAUUUUAGUGGGUAAAUAGCUUUGUUUUAUUUUAUUUUUUUUUUGUUGGCAAUAUAUAAGACUUUGACAUUUGGAAGACCUUAAGAGCAAAGAAGAGAAUCCUAUUUUCUCAAUGCCAAAGGGCUGAUUGUUGUAAGCUAGAUAAAUAAUUUUGGAGGUAUUGUUGAGAGCUUUGGGUGGUGAACGGCUAGGAAGUCUUCUCCUUGUUGGUAAGGGGCUCACUCGAUGUCCUCGCAGGGGGUGUUGGUCUGAAGCUCGAGUCAACGACUUGCUCUCUAUUCCUUCCGAUCAAAGAGCCCAUAACAAGCUUCUUGUUUUAAAUAAAUCUUGUGUCGGAAAUUUGUGGUGAGACCGUUACUAUAAGAGGAUGACUUUCAAGGUUUGUGGAGCGGAUGAUGCUGUUGGUAGGGGUAAGACUAAUUUACUUGGAAAGAGGUCUAAGAAGACCACAAGUCAUGUUAUGAAAUCUCGAGUUCCUGCUAAGGAACAUGAAGCCGGUAGCUCUCAGUUGCUAGCUGAUGGUGUGGUUGCGGCUUCUCCACUGAGGGGUGACAACGAGUUGUCUAUUGAGGAGAGUAUGAUCAACCUGUCCAUCUCUUCUAUUAUUUCGGCCUACUCUGACCUUGCUUCUAUCGAAGGUCAUGUUGAGUCUCUUCUCGAUCCAAGAGGUGAAGAGCGUUUGAGAGGCAUCGGACUUGCGGGGCGAGCGAAUUACGGCGUUUCUACGAUUUACCAAGCUAUUCAAGCAGUCCUCUACUUAAGGCGUGACACAAUUUUGCUUGAUCAAAAGAACAGAGCUUUAAACAAGGAGCAUUCUAGACUUAGCAAGGAAGUGGAGAACUUGAAACUAGAAGGAGAGACUACCAAAUCAUCAUAUGACAAGCUCAAACAGAAUUAUUCCUCGUUGAAUACUGAGUUGGAGCGUGUGCGUGCAAAAGUCAAGGAGGUGGAGGCUAAGUAUGUCGCAUUGUACCAUGAGGUUGAUGAUAUUUCGCUCAAGACUGCCAUCAAGACAAGGGGGAGUCGAUGAUACAGUAUAAGAAAGGGCUCCAUCGUGGAUGGGAUGUCGAUGGUGCUAUUGCACUUCAUGAAGAAUAUUUGACUCUUAAGCAAGAGAAUGAGAUGGAUGUUGACGAUCAUAUCUCUGUACUGGUGUGGGCAUCGAUGCCCAUACCUCUGUCCCUGGUAUGGGUGUCGAUGCUCAUACCUCUGUCCCUGGCGGGAGUGGCAUUGACGAUGUGAUGUUCUCCAUUGCUGAAGAUGGUACCAUUGCUCCAUAGUGGGUCUUUUAAGUUUCUCCCUUUUGUUUACAAGUGACAAUUGAUUUAAACUUUAAGUCUCUUUUGUUUAAAGCAUGAACAUUGCCAUUGUGGCAUUGAGUAUGUAUGCUUAACGAUCCUUUUGAUGUGCGAACAUCCUCUUAGCGAUGUCCCUUUUGAAUUUUAUGACGCUUUGAUGUAUGAACAUUGCCUUUGCGGUGGUAUGACUUAUUAUCUU